AUGGCCAACUCUGAAGCUGCAGCUGUAAAAUUUCUCCAAGACCUAUUCCCAAAAGCUGAUUCAAAGCACCUGAAAAAUGUUUUGCGUCGCAGUGAUGGUGACGUGGAGGUCGCUGUCGAGGAACUGCUAAAGGACUCGGAAGAUGAUAAUAGUGACACCACUUCUAAUAGCAGUGGUUCGAUCCAAAGCCCGCGGGACGAAAAGGUGGAAAUGAUGAAUGAGAAAAUCAAUCAGCUUAGAGAGAUUACGCAGACGGAUCUGCCGGAUCAUGCUCUUGAAUCUAUAUUGCAGAACUGUGCAUUCUCGGUAGAAGUCGCUGUUUCAAUUUUGAUGGAUGGUGGCAGUGUGUCUCGGCCGCCGACGACGAGUAUGACACCUUUUGCUAGGUUGCAGGAGCAAUUUCCAAAUACGUCUGCGUAUACCAUCCAAGAGGCACUGAGACAAUAUCCAGAUGUAAAUGCUGCAUAUUUUUAUCUGACAGAAACAAAUAAUACUAGUAGCAGCAACAACCAACAGGAACCGAUGACAUUCACUCCAACGAGAUCCAAACUACCUAAAUGUGAUGGAACGUGUGUAGCUGGAGACUCGCCGUGUUUACUACAUUCUUCUUGGGUCAAACAGAAACCAUCUUCACCAACAAUAUCACGAAAACCUCAAUAUGUACCAUCUUGGACAGACCAUGAGUCGACAGCAAAAGAUGUAUCAGCAGGUGGAUCUAUAUAUCGACAAGCGACUCGUGAUGCUCCAACAAUCCUGCCUGUCCGUGAAUUUGCUAGUCCGGUCGGGGUCAGGAAGCCGCCGACAGUAGAUGAUUCUAGUUUAAAAACUUCCAACCAAUAUCACGAGCAGCUUUCUGAAAUGGUAUCCACUAGGAAUGUCAACUAUCUCGCAGCUGCCAAGUAUUAUCAACAGGGUGGUCCUACCGGGCAAGCUGCUGCUGCGUUUUACUCCUCUCAAGGCCGCGAUGUUGAGAGAGAACGACAACAGCUUAGAGAGCUGUAUGGGCGAGCAAAGUUUCGAGAGAACAAUGCACACAGUGAUCCCAAUGUAAUUGAUCUCCAUGGCUUACACAAGGAUCAAGCUGUAACACACACUCUGGAAGCACUUGCUAGAUGGGUUAGCAGAUGUCGGCAGAGUGACGGAUUGUCACGACGGACCUUCAAGAUUAUCACAGGAGCGGGUAAUCACUCGUCCAGUCGUCUUCCGGUAUUGAAAAAUACCAUUCAGUCGCUGCUGAAGAGGGAAGGGUACAAGUAUAGCCAGGAAGGCAAUGGAGCAGUUUUGGGCAUCAGGAGAUCACAGAUGUCAUCAUCUACUCCUUCGACUCCAUUGGGGACUAUUCAGUCAUUGCCUACAUCAACAAUCUCGACACCAACAACCACGACUUUAGGACAAGCUGACAGCCUACAUGAUUUUGUGUCUGUAGAAGGCCAGUAUACUCUACGUGAUGAAAUACAUGAUAGGGAAUUGUCUGCUUCUGCCUAUGUUGGCUCAUAUAUCAGCUUUGUGACGGUCAAGUCUACAGAGCACCACGCCGCGUUGAUACAAUCCCUUGAACCACCAGAAGUCUCAUCGAAUUCUAAAUAUGUUGAGGUUCCGAUAUCAGGGGACGGUAUCCCAUCAGACAAGGGCUCGUUUGCCUUCUUUAGACAAACAAAACCAAAGAAACCAGUUAAACCUUUGACUAGCAAGCCUGGGUCUGGGCUGUUUGUUGCCAAGAUCGUCGCUCAUGAGCAACUAGCCAGGGCUUUGGCUAAUCGUGGUGUCGAAACGACGUAUAUGUUUUAUAAUGUCGGAAAGGCGUUUGUGUGGCAGGAUUACUCAAGACAUCCUCCUGAUGCACUUUCCAAAAUUUUUUUCAAGGACGCAUUCGUGACGUGUCACGACAUAAACCUGUUGACUCGAGAUACAAUGGACGUAGUCAUUGGUUUCAACACAGGAGAUGUGAUGUGGUAUUCACCGAUAUCAGGCAAAUACGCUAGACUGAAUCGACAAGGAACAAUCAACAAGGAAGCAGUCACAUGUAUAAAAUGGAUACCUGGGUCAGAGUCUCUCUUCAUUGCUGGACACGAGGAUGGGAGUGUUAUCAUAUAUGACAAGGAAAAGGACGAUCAGCCGUUUUCUGUCUCUAUAGAUCAAAAUGAAUCAAACUUUUUUGUCUCAAAACCUCCCAAAUCACACAAGUUCAACCCUUAUACCUUUUGGCAAGUUGGACGCAAGCCGAUAUCAGCACUCGCAUUUUCACCUGAUUUACAACAUAUUGCGAUCGUGUCUAUGGAUGGAUGUCUGAGAAUAAUUGACUAUGAGGCGGAGAGACUGUAUGAUACCUACAAGUCAUAUUUCGGUGGUCUGACAAGUGUCGCUUGGUCGCCAGAUGGGAAAUUCAUACUCACCGGUGGACAAGAUGAUCUAGUCACAAUAUGGGCUUUUCGAGGAAGGAUUGUUGCACGAUGUCAAGGGCAUCACUCGUGGGUAUCGGCUGUAGCAUUUGAUGCGUACAAGUGCACGGACAGAUCGUAUCGCUUCGGAAGCGUCGGAGACGAUGGAAGAAUCUGUUUGUGGGACUUUUCUGUCUCGAGCCUUCAUCGGCCUAGAGGGGUUACCAUGAGGCGGUCGCGAGUAGACAGUGAACGUGUCGUUCACCAUAUUCAUCAUGCUCCACCAAGAUCGGAGGUAUCUAUGCUCGAGCCUUCAAUGGUGAAAGUGAUACACAACGAGCCCAUUUGCUCACUCGUCUUCCGAGAAGACGCAAUCGUUACAACAGACAAGCAAGGCUAUGUCAAAAUAUGGACCAGACCUCCGCAAACAGAGCCAUUCUUAGGAUUUUGA